AUGGCUUCCCUGGUCGCCGGUCAGUCUCUGCCGGACCUUCGUAUCAUGCCGCUCGGAGACUCCAUCACCAAGGGCAGCGGGUCCAGCGAUAACAACGGCUACCGUAACCGCCUGCGGCAAAAGCUCACAACGCAAGGGACUGACACGGAAAUCUCAGUCGACAUGAUCGGCAGCAUGUGGCACGGCACCAUGGCGGACAAUGACCACGAGGGGCACAGCGGAGAGUACCUGCGGCAGAUCAGGACCUAUCUGCAGCGCUCGAUUCAAGCUCGCCCGAACGUCGUCCUCGUCCACGCGGGCACCAACAACAUGGACAAGGAGGUCGACCUCGGCGAAGCGCCGGCCCUCAUCGAAGGCAUCAUCGAUGACCUGCUUCAGGGCUCCCCGAACACUGUCGUCCUCGUCGCGCCCGUCAUUUGGGCCAACGACGCUCGCAUGAAUGCCAACACCGAUCGCUUCAACAAACAGCUCACGACCUUGAUCGCCUCCAAGCAGAAGGCCGGAGAGCACGUGCUCGCUGUGCCCAUCACCAUUGGAGCCGGCGACUUGUCUGACAGAAAGCACCCCAACAAUGCUGGGUACGGCAAGAUGGCCGAUGCGUGGUUCAAUGCCAUCCUGGAGGCACACGAGCGCGGCUGGAUCAAGGCCCCGGCCAAAGUGAACGCAGACGAGCUCUCGGGUAUGGGACUUGGCUGGGAGGAUGCGCCCGCCGGUGCUGGAUCUGCCGGUUGCGGUGGACGCAAUUUUGAGAGCAAGGGCCAGGUCUUUGAUGGCUUUCGCGUCUGGGAAGAGGUCGGCACCAUCAGGGGCCCUGUCGAGAAUGGACGCCGGAACAAAGUCAUACUGGCAGACCUCAAUGGCGACGGCAUUUCCGACUACGUCGUGGCGGACGACGACGGGACCGUCAGAGCUUGGAUCAACGGCGGCAAGCCCAAUCAGUGGACGAGCAUCGGCAAGAUCAACCCCGACUGGUCGACGAUUACGGGCGACAUGGUGCGCAUGGCUGAUGUCGACAACGAUGGCAGGGCAGACUUGAUCGUCCUGUACUCGGACGGCGCUGCAAAGGUGUGGAAGAACACGGAUAAGUAUGUGUUCAAGGCCCUUGACUCGCAGUGGGCUACCGGGCUGGCACCUCGUGAGAACGUCAACUUUAGAGACAUGGAUGGCGAUGGCUUCGCUGAUUAUGUCGUCGUAUACUCUGGUGGUGCUGUCAAGUGGGCAAGGAACACGCAGAACAACGGCAAGGAUCAAAAUAAGAGGAACUGGGAGGCAGCGGUGACUGUAGCCCCAGGUCCUCAAGGCGUGCCGGAGAAUCGCGUUCGGGUUCAGGACCUGGACGGCGAUGGCAAGGCUGACUACCUUAUUGUAUAUGACGGCGGCGCCGUCAAGUCCUUCCUCAACACUGGAAACCUCAACAGCAACGGAGAGCAACGCAACUGGUUGGAUCUUGGCACCAUCGUGCCCGGCGUCAGCGGCGUGACUGGCAGCAUGAUCAGGUUCGCCGACAUGGACGGCGACGGCCAGUCUGACUUCUUGGCUGUGGCAGAUGAUGGCAGCAUCCGAAUGUGGAAGAACCUCGGUAUCGUCGGUACAAAGGGCGCCAGUCUACGCUUCGCCGACCUCACAGGCGAUGGCAAGGCCGACAUAGUCUCUGUCAAUCACAAGGGCCGCGCAAGAGCCUGGCUCAACAAGGGACUCGGCGUCUGGGAUGACAUUGGAGAGAUUGCGCCUGGUCUAGACGAAGAUCUGUCCUCUGCAACGAUUCACUUUGCCGACGUCAAUGGCGAUAAGCGAGCUGAUUUCCUCGUGGUCUAUGGAGAGGGCGGUGUCAAGGCGUACCUCAACAAUGGCAACCUUCCAGACAAGGGCAAAGACCGCAUCUGGCAGACAGGUCAAACCAUUUCCGAAGGUGUGGGUGAGCCCGGCCGCAAGGUCCGUUUCGCCGACUUGAACGGAGACGGCUAUGCGGACUAUCUUGUCGUCUUCGACGGAGGCGCUGUGGAUGCCUGGCUCAAUCAGAAGAACAUCCCGGCAACGAACGGCGGCCGAAUCUGGGGCUACAGGACCACAGUAGCUACCGGCGUGGGCGAGCCUGGGAGUAAGGUCCGUUUCGCCGACAUCACAGGCGAUGGCAAGGCCGACUACUUGAUCCAGUACGUCGGAGGCGCCGUCAAAGGAUACAACAACACGGGCAACAUCCCAGAUAUUGGCCGGGCGAGGAACUGGGCCAACAUGGGCACCAUUUCAACGGGCACCAGCCCCCAGGGUCCCGUCCGUUACGCCGAUCUGAACGGAGACGGCAAGGACGACUACCUUGUCGUCUUCGGAAGCGGUAUUGUUCAUGCGUACAUCAAUUCUUGCGACUGGCGUGCUCCUGAACCUGUAGGUGGCGGGGAAGGAGACGAAAUUGAUGGCGACUCGACGUGCGAAGAUAUCAAGAGGUGGCUGUCGUUCGACUCGAAUGCCAACGAUGGCGUCCCACGAGCCUUCGCAAGCGAAUGGGGCUUCGACAGCGUGUCCUGCCCCAUCCUCGGUGAUUGCGGAUUCCCUAACGACUGCAGUGGCUAUAGCAAGAGCAAAGGCAGCGGUCGAGCUCAUCUCAUCAUGAAGUCGCUUGACAACUUACACUCUUACUACAAAGCCAUGUACCAGGCUGUCAGCUCGACCCUAGGUUAUUUCAACGCCAUGCAGCGCGUCUUCGAAGAAUACUACCCGGAGCCCAGCCUGGAAGACGUCGGCAUCAAGGCGCUUCUGCAGAUGACGGAACACAUCUUGGGUGUGGGAACUGCCAUGGCAGGUUCCGACACAGGCGAGUUGAUCGCGAACGGGCUGUUCUCUGCCGUCAGCGGAGUUGCCGAGAAUGCGUUGGAGAACAAGGACGAACCUCUCCGUUAUGCCGCCGAUCUUGCAAACGCCGCCGCCAUCGAGACAAUGCAUAACACCCUUCUGAAGCAGGGCCAUUAUGACGGACCUGAAGGAGCAAAAAUUAUUCUUGACGACGUGUUCAAGAACGGUGCGUGGCUCAACAGCGAUAAGAUUCCGAUUCUCAGCCAGAGUGAAAAGGAUGGAGUCCCUCGCAUCGGAACUUCCGAGUUGGCGAGUUGGUUCUUUGCCUUCCUCCAUGCCAGCAUUCUCAACUACUCGUGGAGGAAUUCGCUUGUCUUCAUUGUCGGCCACAAGAUGACACGGAAGGAGUUCGACGAUGGCGCCGCAGACAUUGAUGAUAAUCUCAAGGCGUACCAUGACGGUCGGGGUUACUUCCUGCAGAGCUUCUGCGAAUGCAAGAACAACGAGGACAAGAACGGAAAGCGAUUCAUCGACCAGCUACGUUAUGCUGACGAUCUCAAGCGCGCAUGCUCGCCUAGUUGGGAUCCGACGGAGGGCACUGGUUAA